AUGGGGCGCCCGAAAGUCCAUCCAGAUAACCGCUUGCGGGCAAAUACCGCAUGCACAAAGUGUAGAGCCUCAAAGAAGAGAUGUAGUGGCUCAUUCCCCUGCACUAAUUGUAUUCGAAAAGGCCACGCUCGCACCUGUAUCCCUUUCAAGGCCAUAUCCGAUCAUAGCCCCAGCAGUCAGCAAGACCGAACAUCUCGCUCGGCGCUAGAGGAGAUCGCUGCUUGGGAUGGUCCGGAUAAUUCAUUGCAGAGUCCUUUGGAUUCCCAGAUUCGUGUAACGAGUCCGUCCGAUCGCUUGAUUGGUAGGCCUCCUGAUGCACAUGCAGGAUCGCGGUCGCCGGAGGCUACACAUCGGACGCAUCCGCGGAUGCUGAGAAACCUACAGGGUGAUCGAGUUUAUGUCGGCAAAGCCGCCUCAUUAUCAUUCCUCCAACUCCUUCGUGAGACGGUAUACCAGCAUAUUGGGCCAUCGCAAUUCUCUCAUAAUUGGAGUGAGGAUAUGCUGGAGAAUGAGGCUCACCAUGACCCACUGAACUUUUCCGAAGAGCGCUGUAGUAUAGAAGAUCAAAGUCGCUUCAUUGCGACCUUCGAAGUAGUAACAAGCGGAUUUCUCUACUUGGGAUGUGAUAGAGAGUCAAUAUUCAUGAAUAUCCCGGAGCCAAAGACCGAUCGCGAGAAGACCCGUGCCGCGAUUCGAGAUUUGAUGGUAGCCAUCGGGGCUCAAUCGUUUUCGAAUACCCCCGAGAAUGUUCAAAUAGAACGCUUCUUUUUCGCGCGCGGUCAGCAGCGGGCGUUCACAAAUUUCCUCGAAGAUCCAAGUUUAGAUCUUAUCCGAGCAUUUCUUCUUAUGUCCUUUUACAUGUUUGGGGCCUGUCGUCGGAAUGCCGCUUUCAUGUAUCUGGGCGUUGCGGCCCGGUCUGCUGUUGCCUUAGGGCUUCAUGAGGAUUCACCUGGGUCAAACCAGGAGGAGCAAGAAGAACGAUCCAGGUUAUGGAUGAGUCUAUGUGCGCUAGAUCUUCUGGCAAGUUCUAUUCUGGGUCGGCCCGCAGCUACGGCAGCACUCAUUAAAGAUCGACAAGAUCUCGGUCGGCAGGCACCUACUGCAGCAGAAGCUAGUUUAAUUGCUUCAUAUCAUCUAUCUUUGAUUCUGAAUGAAAUUAUUAGUCGGCUCUACAGCGACAAAGGCGCGUCUAUUGAAGUUGCAGAAGUUCUCCUUGCCAAACUGAAUAGAUGGAGUGAGCAUCUCCCCCUCUCACUGCGAACAUCAGCCGACAACGAAAACUCCAACGAAGCCCAAGAAAGAGUCGUUGGUAAUCUACACGUUGCGUGUUCUUACCACUUCGCCGUCAUUCUACUUACCCGCCCUUUCCUCAUCUCCACAUUAAGCAUUCGUCUCGCUCGGUUACACCAAAGCCUCUCAAUGAAUGGGCUGGGCGAUAUUCCCGAAGAAGACCCUGCUCAUUCGCGACUAGCAGCCGCAUGUAUAGAUUCUGCAGUGUACAUGCUGCAAACAUGUCUCGAAGUACAUCAGUCCGAGCUUCUCCUGCGCAACAUGUGCAUCCUUAAAGCAUUUGUCUUCGCAGCAGCACUAGGACUUGGAUUCUCAAUGUUCGCCCACCGGGACAUCGACUCCGAAAUCGACAGCGCAUUCACAGGAGCAUUGACAGUCCUACGCAUGCUGGCCCAACAAUCCGCACAAGCAGCCCACUAUCUUGAGAUCCUGACCCUACUCGAAGCAGCCAUUACCCAACAACGACAGCGAUUAGCAUCCCAAGCCCGACAACGACGCAGCCAGUACGUGAGUCGGAUCUUCAGUCUGAGCGAUAGCCCCCGAACGCCUCGCGCGCCGAGCGAUAACGAAAAUCGACCUGUCAACUCAACCCCGCUUCUGGCGCAGGGCGGCCCUUUCUAUCCGUGGAUGCCGCAUGGGGACGGCCCGGCGAUAGUCACUCCACCGGUUAUGGAUGGUGCAUUUUUAGAUUGGGAGGGGAUGGAGUUACCACUAUGGGAUAGUUUUCCUUUUACCGAGCCAGGCUCGUCUGUUUUAUGA